AUGGAGAGUAAGCGGGGCAAAUACGGUGAUCAUAUAAACAAAUUGAAAGAUAAGAAAAAAAAACCACCUUAUUUCACUGAAGCUUUAUGGGAGGCUUACUCUAAUGCAUGGAAGGAUCCUAAGCAUGUCAAGGUUGCCAAGAAAUGCUCAGAAAACCGCAAACAAGGAUAUGAAAAGGUCCCGCCAACACAUGCUAAUGGAUCUGUUUCAUUUGAAGUGACUGUAGAAAGAAUGACCAAAGAGAACAACGGGAUAUAUCCUGGAUUUAUAGAAGCCUAUAAAAGAACUCACACGCUAAAAGGCAAAGAUUCAGAAGAAGGAGUGUUGUGUUCGCAGCGCGCCAUUGAAACAAUGGAGAAAGUUAGUGCAAUGGCAGCUGAAUUACGGGCCAAUGAGAUAGAAGUUCCAGAUUUAGAUGUCAUUUACUUUAAGCUGUUUGGGAAGCUAAACAAGAGAAAACAAAUUUCUGGAGCCGGACAAGCAACAAGAAUCUAUUUCCCUAAUGCUGGCAGUUCGUCCACUGGUGGCUCAGUUGGAGUUAGCGCGGAAGAGGUCCAGCGACAGGUACAAGCAAUGCGAGAGCAAGUCACUAUCGAGGUGCGCGAGGACUUUGAGAAAAAAUAUGUGGCGAAAGAUGCUGAGAGAGAAAGGGAAAAUGCAGCGAAACAUGCCGAGUUAGUGAGACAAAAUGAGGAGAUGCGCUCGGAUUUUGAGAGAAAGAAUGAGAUGGUGUUACAACAAAUGAUGAACCUUAGUGAACAAGUUAAGCAAAUGAGAAGUGAAAAAUAG